AUGAAUAAUAAUGUCCAAAAUGAGAAUUUUAAAGAAGACAAUUAUAUUAAAGCGUGGAUUAAGCAAUCGGAAAAUCCGGAGUUGUACAAAAGUUGGAAUGAUAUAGAAGACCAGUCAUAUCCCAAUGAACUUAUAAAAGUUGUUGAUUUUAAUAACUUUAAUAGUAAUCUUAUAAACACAAUAAUGUCUGAACAUUCAUCAGAUAUGUUAAACAAAAAAAAGAAAAGAAAAGCGUAUAGUUUAUUUUAUAGUAACGAGUUACAGUCGGAAUAUAAUUAUAACUAUUAUAAUGAUGAAAAUGGUAACUACAAUAGUAACAAUAAUAAUGAUAAUAAUAAUAAUAACAACAGUUACAACAACAUUUAUAACAGCAGCUACAACAACAGUUACAACAGCAGUAAUAACGAUAAUAAUAGCAGUUAUAAUAGAAACCGUAAUAAGAAUCAUUAUAGAAACUAUAAUAACAAUACGUAUUCCUCUUGUGAUGAUAGCGAUGUUAAAUAUUUUAAUAAACUAGAUAAGACACCAGUAUGUAAUAUGACUGAUAGACCUAAAAUGCAUUCUAAAGAAAAAAAAUUAUCAAUUAAAAAAAUGAAAAGAGAAAAUGUAUGUACAGAACAUAACAAUGAUUUAUUAUGUCAGAAUUUUAUAAAUUCAUCUCCUAUUUUAAAAUUAAAACAAUUUAAUAAGCCAAAUUAUGGAAGUGAGAGUACGAAUGAAUUUUUUAAUAAUUAUGAUUUUGAAACACCAAUUAAACUUUUAAGUUCAAAAAAAAAAAAAUGUUAUGAAGAUAAAAAUAAAAAGGAUAAUUAUUCCAAUGUAACAAAAGAAAAUUCAUCACAAGAAAAUGUUUCCUCAAAUAACAGUGAAACUAAACGCACAAUUAAUUUUUCAAAUAAAACAGAUGAUUUCAACGAUUUACAUUAUAAUUCGGAAAAUGAAUACUUAACAUCUUCAGAUUAUCUGGAUGAUGAAGACUCAUCAAGAUGUUCAAACAAAAAACAAAGCGAAGUUAAUUUUUUAGGUCAAAAAUUUGAUUAUAAGGUCGUAGGGGAUGUCAUAAAUUAUUCCAAGGAUCAUCCACAUUUUACUAUGUUGUGA